AUGACCCAAACUGAGUGCCGUGAUUUCUGUCUCACCUACCAUGCUGAGGAGAAGGAAUGUGCAGCCUUCUCCCACGACAAAAGGACUGACACGUGUUUGCUGCUCCAGCAGACAUGUAUCUACAUUUCUGAUUCUCCAACAACCAGUUCUGACCGGAACUCCAUCACUGCCGUCAAGAAAUGUUACGACUUCCACACCUCUGAUGAGCCUCUUCGGUAUUCCGACAAUGUUAAACAGCUCAACAGCAUCUGUACCACGCUGAACUCUCAGAAUGAAUGUAUGGAUGCACAAGGCGCACCAGAUGCAUCAAGUAGCAGUCAUGUCGGGUUAGCAUCUUCUCUUGCUCCCACGCAGUCAUCGGACUGGCGGCUGUUGUCGCCGUCCCUGUCUGACGUCAAUGAAGUGGCAUCCGUAGUGGCUGUGGAUACAAAAACAACAUCUGGUCUUCACACGAGGAGCAUAAAGUCGCCAGAGACAUCGCCUUCGGAAUUACAACCAUCUUUGCCGAUAUUGCACCAAACUGACACAGCGGGACCUGCAUUGCCGUCGCCGACACAGAUUCAAGACAGCGCCAGUACCUUGCAUUACGAUGGUUCAGCGGGACCUGCAUUGCCGUCGCAGACACAGGUUCAAGACAGCGCAACUACCUUGCAUUACGAUGCUUCAGCGGGACCUGCAUUGCCGUCGCAGACACAGAUUCAAGACAGCGCAAGUACUUCGCAUCGAGAUGAAACAGCAGAUGUAUUACAGACACAGGUUCCAGACAUGACCAGAACAUGCCUCUGCCGGUGUUCUGCUUUUCACAUUGCCAAUAACGCUCAAGCACCUGCCAUUAAUCAGUCAAAACUGCGAGUUGAUCGACAUAACCUUUCGAGCUACAGACGUCGCCUUACCUCGGCUGUUGAUGAUCGCCCGUCCGCCCGUGUUGUUGGGUCUGUGUUGGGAGUAGCCUUGCUUGUUACAGUUGGUGUGGUCAUCGUGCUGAUGGAUGUCACUGCGGUCCUGAAGACGUUGCUGACACACAAGACCCCACCGGUUAAAACUCUGAUUGCGGUGAGGGAGAUUCGGACUUAGAUAUCGUUGAUUUGGAACAUGGACACUAUAAAGUCCACAUAAUAACUGUAGUGCAUAACGUAGAUGAUUAUCU